AUGGACAGCAUGUACUUGGCUGAGCCUGCGCCCGGGGGUGCCAGCCCCAUCUCCCUGGAUGUCCUCAGCUUCCUGGACCCACUGGCGAACAGCACAGAGGAGCAGUGCUUCAGCGCCCGCUCCCGGAGCACGGUCCUGCAGGGGCUGCCAUUCGGCGGCGUGCCCACCGUGCUCGUCAUCAACUUCAUCCUCUGGCUGCUCCUCCUCCUGGUCUUCUCCUGCCUUCGGAAAGCAGCUUGGGACUAUGGGCGCCUGGCCUUGCUGAUGGAUAAUGACAGCCGAAUCCCUCCAAGCACAUGGAAUUCCUACGACUUGACGUCGCUGUUCUACGGGGAGCAGAGUGAGAAGGAGAAAUCACCGUCGGAGACCAGCCCGCCGGAUGUCGAUAACAAAGAUGUGGGAUUCUGCUCCUGGCUCAUUUCCAUCUACCAAAUGAAGGAUGAGGAGCUCCAGAGCAAGUGUGGAAUCGACGCCACCACCUACCUCUCUUUCCAACGCCACAUCCUGGUGCUGGUCAUGAUCGUCUGUGUGCUCUCUGUGGCCGUCAUUCUGCCUGUCAACUUCUCUGGGGACCUCUUGGGAAGCAGUCCAGCUCACUUUGGCCGGACGACUAUCACCAACGUCCCAACACAAGACCGUCUCCUAUGGCUGCACAGUAUCUUCGCUCUCAUCUAUUUCAUUAUCACCAUCCUCUGUAUGGCUCAUCACUCUGUCCAGCUCGAAUACAAGGAGGAUGAGAAGGUCGCACGGACACUGAUGGUCACCCGGAUUCCCAAGGAGAUCACAGACUCCUCCCUUGUCAUCAAGCAUUUUCACGAGGCCUAUCCCAGCUGUACUGUCACCAAUGUCCAGUUCUGCUUUGAUGUUCGCAAGCUGAUGAAGCUGGAUGGAGAGAGGCGCAAGGCGAUGAAGGGACGACUUUACUUCACCACCAAGGCACAGAAAGAGGGGAAGAUCAUGAUCAAAACUCAUCCCUGCGCCCGCAUCUUCUGCUGCCACAGCUGCAACUUUGAACAGGUGGAUGCUGAGCAGUACUACGGAGAGCUGGAGGAGAAACUGACCGAUGAGUUCAAUGCUGAGCGCAACCGCAUCUCACUCAAGCGUCUUGACAUAGCCUUCGUCACUUUCCAGGAUGAGAGGAUGACAGCAGUGAUUUUGAAGGAUUACAGCCGCAUCCACUGCCGCAGGCACCCACAGCAAUCCUCCGUCACCACGGUGGUAAAGUCCCACAGCUGGGGCGUCCGCUAUGCCCCCGCCCCCAGUGACAUCAUCUGGGAGAAUUUAUCUGUCCGUGGCACGUCAUGGUGGGUGCGAUUUGUCCUCCUCAAUUUCUGCCUCUUCAUCCUCCUCUUCUUCCUCACCACACCUGCCAUCAUCGUCAACACCAUAGACAUGUUCAACGUGACGCGGCCGGUGGAGAGCCUCAAGAAUCCCGUCCUCACCCAGUUCUUCCCCACGCUGCUGCUCUGGGCCUUCUCUGUGUUCCUGCCCUUCGUCGUGUACUAUUCCGCCUUCUUUGAGUCACACUGGACCAGGUCGAAUGAAAAUCAAGUCACGAUGCACAAGUGUUACUUCUUUCUGGUGUUCAUGGUGAUCAUCCUGCCCUCACUGGGGCUGACCAGUUUAGAUCUUUUCUUCCACUGGCUCUUUGACAUUCACUUCUUGGAUGAGGCAAAUAUCAAGUUCCAGUGCGUUUUCCUCCCUGAUAACGGCGCUUUUUUUGUCAACUACGUCAUCACGUCCAGCCUGAUUGGGACAGCCAUGGAGCUGCUGCGCAUCCCCAGCCUCAUCGUCUAUGCAACCCGCCUCUGCUUCGCCAAGUCUGAGCCAGAGCGGCUCCACAUCAAGCGGAGCCAAGCCUAUGAGUUCCAGUUCGGGCUGGAGUACGCCUGGACCUGCUGCAUCUUUGCUGUCGUCAUGACCUACAGCAUCACCUGCCCCAUCAUCGUCCCCUUUGGUUUGCUCUACAUGCUGCUGAAGCACAUGGUCGAUCGCUACAACAUUUACUACGUGUACAUCCCCACCAAGCUGAACCAGCGCAUCCACUCGGCGGCCGUCAGCCAGGUGGUGGUGGCACCCAUCCUCUGCAUGUUUUGGCUGCUCUUCUUCUCUGUCCUGCGUCUAGGUCCCAUCCGUCCCAUCACCCUCUUUACCUUCGUGGUUCUUCUAUCCUGCAUCCUCUUCUCUUUCUUUGGCCUGUGUCUGAAGAAGCUGCAGCCAAGGAAGCCCUCCAGCUACCAGAUGUCCGAGCAGUCAGAAGGGGCCUUCAACGACACGGAAAGAAGCAGCAUCUCCUCAACCCCUAACUCAAAUAUGUUCGUGGCCACGGUGCUGCAGGAGCCGGAGCUGAGCCUGACGCCGGCUGCCUCCCCAGCUCACCAGUCCUACGGCACAAUGGGCAACCGGCUGGAGCCUGUGGAGAACAGCGAGGAGGGCGGCCUGCAGAGCUUUGAGACGGAGCUGGAGACUGUGGAGGGUGAAUUCAGAACCGGGCCCGUGCUGGAGGACCAGGUCCAUUACCACUGA